UGCUCCGGGCCGGGUUCUCCGGGCCGCAGGCUCCGGGGCUGCGGCUGGACAACGCCGGGAAAACCCCCUUCCCCGGCGCUACCGGCUGAAGCUGAACGAGACGCUCCCCACCCUGGGCUUCCCCGUGGAGACGGUGGCGCCCGUCCGCGACGUGCCCUUCACCCUGUGGGAUGUGCGGGGCCAGGCUCGGAUCAGGGGCCCUGGGGCGACACUACCACGGCCACACGGACGGGCUGGGAGGCACAUUCCUACGCAGAGGGCAGACAGAGCAAGCCAGGCAGGGGCCACGGCACCAGUCAGCUGCCCAGCGCCCAGGGCAGCCCGCGCCCAGCAUAGCGCCAUGGGGACCCCCCGGGGCAGCCGUUGCCUCCACUGCCUGUGUGUCCUGCUGCUAGGGGGGGUCUGGGCUUGCCCCAGCAUGGCCCAGUGGUUCUUGCUGGGCUCCCGGCUGACGACAACACCCCCGCCCACGACCACCGCUGGCCCAACAUCUGCACAGCGCCCCCCAGAAGAGGGGGAAGACAGGGACGCUGGCGACACAGAGCCAAUGCCGAAAAUCCUGCUGAGCAAACCCCCCCUGGGGCCAGCCCCCCAGAGCCAGGUGCUGGCGCUCAAGGAGGCUGCAGGGGGUGGGACGCAGGCCCCCCCGGAAACACGAGACCAGACGUCUCCAGUCCCUGCUGCCCGCCCCCGCCCCUCCCCAGGGCUCUUCGAGGGGAGCGCGGAAGAGGAAGAGGAGUUCCUGCAGAUCAAGGCAACUGCCAUGGGGCCGACGCCAGCAGCGCCCACCCCCCGGGCAGCUGCCACCCUUCCCCAGGCGACUGGUAACCUCUCGCAGUGCGUCUGCCCAGCCGUCCCUGGCCCCCCUGGGCCCCCUGGCCCAAAGGGAGAAAAAGGAGAGCGGGGACCCCUGGGGGAAAGAGGCCUGCCGGGAUUCUCUGGGGAGCGAGGCCAGGCGGGGAGCCCAGGGCAGCCUGGCCUCCAGGGGCCGCCCGGUCUCCCUGGGCCUCCGGGCGUGCCGGGGCUGGCAGCUGGCACCGAAGGGCCGGAGGGAUCUGAGAACGAGCUGACAAAGCAGCCACUCAUGCCCGGCGUGGCAGGGCCGCCUGGACCCCAGGGUUUGCCCGGAUACCAAGGGCCUCCAGGCCCCCAAGGUUACCCAGGACAUGAAGGCAUCCAAGGCCCCCCUGGACCACUAGGCCGUGAAGGGCAGCAAGGACCUCCCGGCCCUCCAGGGCCACUUGGGGCCCCAGGGCCGCCGGGCUUCCAAGGCCCCCCAGGGCCUGACGGCCCCCUCGGGCUUCCAGGACUCUCAGGGCCUCCAGGAGCUCCAGGGCAUGAAGGGCCCCCAGGUCCUGCGGGGCCUAUGCCACCACCAGGAAACCCGGGGCCUGCCGGAGAGCCAGGAUACCCCGGGCCAAAGGGCGAGACGGGUGAUCUUGGCCAGCCCGGCCCUCCAGGCAGCCUCGGCUUGAUGGGAGAGAAGGGUUCCCUAGGUCCACCCGGGCCCAUGGGGCCACCAGGACCACCUGGGGAGAACAGGUGUGACCCCCACUCUUCAGGGCACCCCAGAUGGCCUGGCCCGCCGGGUCCCAAGGGUGAAAAGGGAGACCCUGGAGAGCAGGGAUGCCGCAGCUGUCCCAGGGAGGCUGGGGUCCUGCCAGGCCACCCUUCCUUCCCCAGCUCCAGGGGCCCGUAUGGAUCCUGGGUGCCACUGACAUACCAAGAGAAUGGCAAAGUAGAGACGGAGAUUUACGGUGCAAUCAUCCCCCAUGGUCCCCCCGGCCAUCCCGGAGCACCAGGCCCCCCCGGCCCACCAGGGCCUCCUGGAGCACCAGGCAUCCUCUACGUCAAUAGGGUUUCUCCCAUCCGCACCAAGCCGUUCUGCAAACAGCCGGUGGCCCACAACGCAGCUGGGAUCUCAGAUGCUGAGUCACCUCAGAAGGACGUGCCUGACCCCCCAGCUGACUCCAGGCAUCACACCUGGGUCUUCAAGUCGAAAGAACUGAUGUUCAAAUCCAGCUCGUCCAUCCCCGAAGGGAGUCUGGUCUACGUCAGCAAUGAGAACAGCGCCUUCAUCAGAACCCCGAGAGGCUGGAGCAAGCUCCUGCUGGAAGAUUCGGAUUCCAUAUUGGCUGGCGAUGACCCUUCUGUGUCCACAGAACAUCAUCAGGUCUCAAAGGAAGGGAGUCAAGCAGCCACCGGGAUCCUGCCAACUAGCAUCACCACGAGGGUGCCUUCGCUCCGCCUGGUCGCGCUGAACUUCCCGCUGCCCGGCAAUAUGAACGGGCUCAGCGGCGCGGACCUGCAGUGCCACAGGCAAUCGCAGGAGGCCCAGCUGUCCAGCACCUUCCGGGCCUUCCUGUCGUCACCCACGCAGAACCUGGUCUCCAUCGUGAAAAGGACAGACAGAGCUCUGCCCGUCGUCAACCUGAAGGGCCAGCUGCUGGCGAAGACCUGGAACUCCCUGUUCGGAGGUGACGGCGCCACCCGCUUCAACUCACUGCACUUUCCCAUCUACACCUUCGACGGCCAGAACGUGCUGACAGAUCCAAGCUGGGCUCACAGGGCAAUCUGGCAUGGCUCCAGCCAACGUGGGCACCGAGCCCCGAAGGAGGACUGCCAAGGGUGGCGGGCCAGCCUAGCCAAGGGCUUUGCCUCUCCCCUGACCAAGGGGAAGCUCCUGGCUGAGCAGCGCCGCGACUGCUCCGACUCCCUGAUCGUCCUGUGCAUGGAGAUUAGCUUCCUGUAGCUGCACAUGUGGUGAUGCAGGCAGCUAGGGGGGCCGUGGGCUGGUGAUCCCACAUAGCUGGAUACAACCAGGAGAGCCGACGGUCACCUGCCAGCCCUGGGCUGCUCUUGGCUCCGGAGCUAUUUCACCAUUAUCCCCCAUAGUGGAGCCAGCCUUGUACCUAUAGCCAGAGGGGGCUAUCCUUGACCAGGAGGGGGGUCCAUAUGUGUGGAAUAGAGACCAAUGGAGAGGCUACUGUGUGCCUUCCAAACUCAGAGCCAUGCCACCGCCGAGCCAUCUCCCCGAGGCAUUGGAUCUAGUUAGCGCUAACCACAGGGCGUCCCCGGGAGAGGGGGCCAUUCCCACAAACCAGUGCCCCAUUGAGGGUCCAGGCACGCACUGCAGUGAGCACUGGGGUGCAGACGAGAGCUGGGUUUCAGGGCCAGUGUUCUCUGCACUGGGGCUGACUCCGGAAGCUAAAAGCUUUUCUCCUGCCCCCAAGUAGGGGAAACCCGCCCGAAGUGGUAGCUGUGCCUCCACGCCCCCUCGUUCUGCCUCUGUCAACUCCCAGCCACUCCCCCCUCCUGCCUCUGCCAGCUUGGAUUUGGGUUCCCAAUGGGCAAAUGCCCCCCACCCUCCAGCCCAGAGGCUCCGUCCCUAGCUCUGCUUUUACCAGCUGCUGUUCCCGAAGCACUCAGCAGAGAGAUGGGGGAAGGCAGGGACUGUGUGCUGGGGUUUUCGGUGUGUAUAUAGAUAGACAGGCCUAAUGCAGCCUGUUAAUAGCUAUCUUUCGGCUGACCAGCAUCAUGGCAAUGUCGGGCUCUGCUAGCUCCAGAGAGAUGGGUGUCGUUCGGGACGCUCGGCGGCCAUGCACUCAGCCUGUGAGUUGUGAAAAUAACCGCGUGCUUUAGCUGGCAAUAAACAUGUUCAAAGUU